GAGCACGCCUGCCUGCGCCCGGCCAUGGGCAGCUGCGCCCGCCUCCUGCUCUUCUGGGGCUGCUCGGCCGUGGCCGCAGGACUGAGUGGUGUAACUGGAGUAGGUUCCCACUGUGAAAAAGCAUGUAACCCUCGGAUGGGAAAUUUGGCUCUUGGGAGGAGACUCUGGGCAGAUACUACCUGUGGCCGGAACGCCACGGAGCUGUACUGCUCCUACAGCGAGAAUGCCGAUCUGACUUGUAGGCAGCCCAAGUGCCACAAGUGCAAUGCCGCACACCCUCACCUGGCUCACCUGCCCUCCUCCAUGGCAGACUCAUCCUUCCGGUUUCCUCGCACUUGGUGGCAGUCAGCUGAAGAUGCCCACAGGGAGAAGAUCCAGCUGGACCUGGAGACUGCAUUCUACUUCACCCAUCUGAUUAUGGUGUUUAAGUCACCUAGACCAGCAGUCAUGGUUCUAGAGAGAUCUCAAGAUUUUGGGAAAACUUGGAAACCUUACAAGUAUUUUGCCGCCAAUUGCUCUGCUACCUUUGGCCUCGAGGAUGAUGUUGUCGAGAAAGGAGCCAUUUGUACUUCCAGAUACUCCAGUCCCUUUCCCUGUACCCAAGGAGAGGUCAUCUACCGAGCUCUGUCCCCACCACAUUUUGCUGAAGAUCCAUACAGUGCCAAAGCCCAAGAACAGCUGAAGAUCACCAACCUUCGCGUACAGCUGCUGAAGCGCCAGCCUUGCCCCUGCCAGGGCAACGACCUAAACACAAAGCCCCAACAUUUCAGUCAUUAUGCCAUUUAUGAUUUCAUCGUCAAGGGCAGCUGCUUCUGCAAUGGCCAUGCUGACCGCUGUGGACCCGCAGAUGGCUUCCGACCUGUCAAGGUGGCUGGAGCAUUCCAAGUGGUGCAUGGAAAGUGUGCGUGUAAGCACAAUACUGCAGGCUCCCACUGCCAGUACUGUGCCCCCCUCUACAACGACCGGCCCUGGCAGGCUGCAAAUGGCAAGACAGGGGCCCCGAACGAAUGCAGAACCUGCAAGUGCAACGGCCAUGCUGACACCUGUCACUUUGACAAAGAUGUAUGGCGAGCAUCAGGAAAUCGCAGUGGUGGAGUGUGUGACAACUGUCAGCACAACACAGAAGGCCAACACUGCCAGCGGUGCAAACCAGGAUUCUACCGGGACCUCCGGAGACCCUUCUCUGCUCCAGAUGCCUGCAAAUCGGUUCUUCCACUAUGGAAAAUAGUUGAUAAUAGAAAGAAAGGAGACAACAGAACCAAAAAAGUGUGUUCCUGUCACCCCAUUGGGUCAGCUGUUCUUCCCUUCAGCUCAGUGACCUUCUGUGAUCCCACCAAUGGGGACUGCCCUUGUAAACCUGGAGUGGCGGGUCCUCACUGUGACAAGUGUAUGGUCGGAUACUGGGGUUUUGGAGAAUAUGGAUGCAGACCAUGUGACUGUGCGGGGAGCUGUGACCCCCUCACAGGGGACUGCAUCAGCAGCAGUGCAGACUUUGACUGGUACCAUGAACGUCCAGACUUCUACUCUGUGUUUAACCACAGUGAACCAACCUGGGAAUGGGAAGACGAACAAGGAUUCUCAGCUCUUCGACAUUCUGGUAAAUGUGAAUGUAAGGAACAAUCAUUAGGAAACCCCAAAAUCUUCUGUGGAAUGAAAUAUUCAUAUGUGUUAAAAAUAAAGAUUUUAUCAGCUCACGAUAAAGGCUCUCAUGCUGAAGUCAAUGUGAAGAUCAAAAAAGUGUUGAAGUCCACCAAAUUAAAGAUUCUACGAGGAAAGAGGACACUCUACCCAGAGUCCUGGACCAACAGAGGCUGCACUUGCCCAAUUCUGAAUCCUGGUUUGGAGUACCUUAUCGCAGGACAUGAAGAUGUAAGAACUGGCAGGCUAGUUGUGAACAUGAAAAGCUUUGUCCAGCACUGGAAACCAGCUCUUGGAAGGAGAGUCAUGGAGAUUCUAAAAAGAGAUUGCAAGUAACAGCAAAGGUGUGUGGUCCCUGAGGGCAUUUCUUUAUGCACAAAAUGCAAACUUAAUGGAAAGGAGACCUCAAAAAUGAAACUGGAAUGUAAAAAAAAAAAAAAAAAGUGCCAAAAUGCAUAGAGAAGUGUUUCAAUCCAUAGGUUUCACCUGAUCCCUUCUUUGGCAAAUGUUUGAGUAACGUACAGUAAGUUCUUUGGGAAAAGCUGAUGAUUCUUUGCAUAAAGAGAUGGAAAAUUGAACAAGGUAUCGAUAACUGGCUUCUUUGGACUGAUUCUGCAAUUCACAGAUGAUGGAAGUGCUAUAAUAGCAUCACAAUAUUUUACAGUUAGCCAUUAAGAAGAACGUGUCUGACAAAGACCCGCCAGCAUCCAAGAUGUUGCUUGCAUUUCAUACUAUUUAAAGUCUUUAGCAGGACUUCGGCUAAGCACCCCAAGGGCUUUGGGUCAACAAAAUGGUUUCUUAAAAGAGCCUUGUUUGUUCGCUGUGUAUGAACUUUGGUCCAAGAGGUGUUAAAUGGAUCUUCUCCACAUGUAAAUAAUCUUUCCUUGUAUAAAGCACUUUACUGCCUACCACUUUGUGAUGUGGAAGUUUGGAGUUUGUUUUGGUUUGUUUUUUGUUGUUUGUUUUUUGUUUUUUUUUACUGAGGGAAGGGAAAGAGGAUAGUGGGGGGAAGGAGGGUGGAACCUUCUGGAGCUGAAGCACCCCCCCACACACACACACACACACACACUCCCUAAGUACAGAAUGAAACGUGAGUGAGUCAAAGAGGUUGUCCACUGAACACUCGGAGAAAACUUUCUGAAGAUGCAAUCUGAAAAUAAAUAAAUAAAUGCAUGAUGUGUUUGCACUGAAGUCCUAACUUCAGACCAGUGUUGAGAUUCUGCAGCCAUUCGCAGUGAGGGAACUUUCUUCAAAAAAUAAAUUAAGCCAGAAAAGACUUUAAAGCCAGAUGAUAUAAUCAUCAGUAGGGAAGAACUCUGUCUGGAUAAAAUGAAAGAGACAUUAAAGAGAAACCAACUUCUUCAACUGCCCAAGUCAGCAAGUUCAAAAAUGAUCAUGGAUGUGGAAUUUAUUUUAUUGCUGUAGUUCGUGUUUGUCUCCAUGUUAAAUUGGUUUUCCUCGAUUUCUUUUUAUGCAGCGUAUAUGGUCAUUAUUUUUCUCCAUUUUUAGCACCAACACAUGUGACAGUUCACCAGAUAAUUAUCAACUUUGUCAUUAUCCAUCUUCUGUAACCCUUUUAAACACUACCUACAGC